AUGGAGUCGGUCGCCGUCGUGGCCGUCCCGUUCCCGGCGCAGGGCCACCUGAACCAGCUGCUCCACCUUUCGCUGCACCUCGCCACGCGCGGGCUGCCCGUGCACUUCGCGGCGCCCGCGGAGCACGUCCGCCAGGCCAAAGCGCGCGUGCACGGCUGGGGCGACGACGCACUCCGCCGCGUCGAUUUCCACGAGCUCGCCAUCUCCGAGUACGCCUCGCCGCCGCCCGACCCCGCCGCUGUCUCGCCGUACCCCUCCCACCUCAUGCCCCUGCUGGAGGCGUUCAUCGCCGACGCGCCCGCCGCGCUCGCGGCGCUCCUCCGCGGGGUCUCCGCCUCCCACCGCCGCGUCGUCGUCGUGUACGACAGCGCCAACGCCUUCGCCGCGGAGGAGGCCGCGCGGCUGCACAACGGCGAAGGGUUCGCGUUCCACUGCACCGCGGCGUCGGCGUUCGUCGGGCGGAUGGACGGCGGGGCCCAGCUGCUGCGAGAUGUGCACGGCCUCGAUGACCUGCCAGUCCACGCCUUCGUGACGGAGGAGUUCCUCGAGUUCAUCGGCAAACGGGCGAGGGUCGCGCAGACAAUUCCAUCCAGCGCCGGCAUCCUCAUGAACACGUCCCGCGCGCUCGAGGGUGAGUUCAUCGACUUUGUCGCCGAGCGGCUGACCGCCGGUGGCAAGAAGGUCUUCUCUAUCGGCCCGUUAAACCCGAUGCUUGACGCGAGUGCGCUCGAGCAGGGCACAGCACGCCACGAGUGCCUCUGCUGGCUCGACAGGCAGCCGGUCGCAUCAGUGCUCUAUGUGUCGUUCGGCUCGAUGUCCUCGCUGCGCGGCGAGCAAAUAGAAGAGCUUGCCGCGGCGCUACACGGAAGCAAGCAGCGAUUCAUCUGGGUCUUACGCGACGCCGACCGCGGCAACUUAUUCACGGACUCCGGCGAGAACCGGCACACCAAGUUCCAGACCAAGUUCACCAAAGAAAUUGAGGGAACAGGGCUGGUGAUCAUCGAGUGGGCGCCGCAACUGGAGAUCCUGGCGCACCCUUCCACCGCGGCGUUUAUGAGCCACUGUGGCUGGAACUCGAUUAUGGAGAGCAUGAGCCACGGGAAGCCUAUACUGGCGUGGCCCAUGCACUCAGAUCAGCCAUGGGUCGCGGAGCUGGUGUGCAAGUACCUCAAGGCCGGCUUCCUACUGAGGCCAUGUGACAAGCAUGCCGAGGUGAUUCCGGCGACAACCAUACAGCAGGUGAUCGAGAAGAUGAUGGUCUCUGAGGAAGGACUCGCUAUGCGGCAGCGUGCAAUGGCGCUCGGCGAGGCCGUCCGCACGUCUGUGGCUGUGGGCGGUUCAUCCCAAAACGACAUCGAGGACUUCAUUGCUCACAUCACAAGGUGA